AAUUUGAGUGUUGGUCAGAGACAACUCAUAUGUCUGGCCAGAGCUCUGUUGAGGAAUACAAAAGUGUUGAUCUUAGACGAGGCCACCGCUGCUGUCGAUCUCGAAACUGAUUCACUAAUUCAGACCACUAUAAGGAAAGCCUUCUCCGAGUGCACUGUCCUUACGAUCGCUCAUCGAUUGCACACUAUUUUGGACUCAAAUCGUGUGCUCGUAUUAGACGAGGGAAGAAUAGCUGAAUUCGAUUCACCGGAAAAUCUGUUGGCAAAUGAAAACUCAGUUUUCUAUUCACUCGCAAAAGACGCCGGAAUUAAGAGUUAA